AUGGCGUGCAAUACGAGUGGUUGUAUUUCACGUUAUUGUUUUACGCUCGGGAAGUUUCAGGAAAAAUUAGUCAUGAAACUAUAUAAUAGUUUGAUACAAGAAGAACUCCCAGAGAAGAAUUUGGACGAAAAUAAAACGUAUAAAUCGGUUUUUCGUGUAACUAAAUUUAUCGAACUGAACCAAAAUGCGGAUUUGGUGGGCACUGCGGACGGUCUUGUCUACUCAUUUUUAUAUGACGAUUUAAUGACUCGUCCAAAAAAAAUUGUUUCUCACUUCGGAAUAAUCAAAUCGUUGGAAAAAUCGCCUUUCUCUCAGGAUGUAUAUUUGACAACUGGUUGCGACUGUAACAUAAACAUUUGGGUCAGUGAUAUUUUUCUUGAACCAGUAAUAACUUUAAGUGUUGGCAAACAAAUCGAAAAAGCUAUUUGGAGCCGCACAUGUUCGACAAUUAUAGCAUCUAUUAUUGACAACUGUAUACAAAUUUGGGACUUAAGUGUGACGAAAUAUGAACCGAUAUUUGUACAAAAAAUGCCGAAACCCGAUCGAAAGUGUACCGGCUUAGAAUUUACAGCGGACGGUAAGCACUUGUGCGUGUCCGAUAUUAGCGGAGAAGUCAUAGUGUACGUUUUGUCGAACAUUUCGUCACAUGAUAAAGACGAUGAACAAUAUAAUUUAGUGUAUGCCAUCGCAAAAAUCAUAUACGGUACAAAAUAUUUGCCCAGCGUGCUGAUCAAAGAACGAAAGGAGUUCGCUGAAGUGUUCAUUAAACUGGAUUACGAGAAAUAUGGACGUAAAUUUUCAUAA